CACCAACGCAGCACAUCCGACGCUCAUCAUGCCACCGAAACCUCGGUGAUUCUAACAUUCCAUAUUUUUGUGUACUCAGUUCAAUCGUUCCUUCACUUUCACUUGUGCAGUCUUAAAUCGAGUAUUCCCCCGGGCACGUUACUUGCCGGCCGGUUUUUUUAUUAGACCCCUCACCGCAGCACGACCGCACCGGCUACCUUUUGCAGACCGUGGUUCAAGACGAAAGCCAUGGCGCGGCGGCAGCAUUUGACGCUGUCCCUUUUUGCCUUUAUGGUGUUUCUGGCAUUGACGUACUUUAUGUCGACUGGAGAUUCGAGAGUCGAGUACGGCCCCGUUGCGAGACCCGACGACACCUUCAGCCAUGCAGACCAUAGCAGCGGGAGCAGCACCAGCAGCGAAGUCGCAAGCGAGGGCAACCCGGCGCCGGGAAUCUCUGAGCGCAUUCUCACAGGCGGCUCCAUCGCGCCGAAACUCGAGAAUGCCACGGCAAAGGCCGAACUGGGCCGUGCCUCGUGGAAGCUCUUCCACACGAUGAUGGCGCGCUUCCCCGAGGAGCCGACCGCCGACGACAGCCUCGCGCUGCAGACCUACAUCCAGCUCUUCGCGCGGCUGUACCCUUGCGGGGACUGCGCCGCCCAUUUCCGGAAGCUGCUGCAGAAGUACCCGCCGCAGACGAGCAGCCGGAACGCCGCCGCCGGCUGGGCGUGCUUCGUGCACAACGAGGUCAACAAGAGGCUCAAGAAGGAACAGUUUGAUUGCAGCAAGAUCGGCGACUUUUAUGAUUGCGGGUGUGGUGAGGAGGACGCGAAGGCCGCGAAGAAGGACCAGGGUGCGGAGGGCACGGCAGCGGCGGACAAAACGGAGGAGUUGAAGGGGUGGGAAGGUGUCACGCUUGAGAAGGAGGAGGGAUUGACUCGGGGUGGUUAAGGUUGAAGGGCGGCCAGUUUUCGGUAGCGAACGAACGAGCAAGGGGACGGCUUAAGUUAGACCUGGCGAGGAGUUGCGGCGUUCUUUAGGUUCAAAUGGUUUUGAAUCUGGCAUUGUUUGGCAUUGGCAUUUCCUACAUAGAGUAUCAAUCAUUGGGGCCAAGACGGUCUUGGGAAACCCAGAAGUUAUCCCGGCGAGGUUAUUCUCGAGAAGCUCUUGCCGGUUGGGGAAUGAGGGGUAUUAGCCCAUGAAGGAGCGCCUCGGCAGGAUCGUGGGUACAGAAUGGAGGGACUCCGUACUGUAGACGGACCAUUGAACAGGUAGAUAUAAGACCUAUUUUGGUUCCAAAGAUCUCG